AUGGCAACUCGAUCUUCAUCCUCAUUACGAAGUCGUAAUACUUCAUCAUCGGCUAAUACAAGUGGAUUGAAUCUUUCUCGUGCACAAGAAAAGGAACAAUUGGAAACUCUUAAUAAUCGUUUGGCUGUCUAUAUUGAUACUGUACGUCGUUUAGAACAAGAUAAUAGAGAAUUAAAGAAUAUCAUUGCAUCAUAUAGCGAUACAUAUGAAGUUGAAACAUCUAAAGUUAAACAAUUGUAUGAACGUGAACUUGAAGAUGCAAAAAAAUUAAUUGAAGAACUUGCAAGAGAAAAAUCACGUUUAGAAAUUAAUGGUGAAAAGUCGAAUGCUGAAUCACAAGAUGCUUUAGCUAAACUUGCUCGAAAAGAACGUGAAUUACGUUCUGUUGAAGGUCGUUUGAAACAAUAUGAAACAGAAAUUGGAGAUUUAAAAGCACGUAAUGAAGCACUUGGAUAUGAUGCUAAUCGAAAAACAGAUGAGAAUGUGACUUUACGUGGUGUUAAUAAUGAUCUUGAAAAACAAGUCAAUGCAUUAAAACGUCAACUUGAAGCUGAAACACUUCUUCGUAUUGAUCUUGAAAAUAAAAAUAAAACUUUACGUGAAGAACUUCAAUUUAAUGAACAAGUUCAUGAAACGGCUGUUGAAGAAAUUCGUAAACAAAGACAUUAUGAAGUAAAAUCAUAUGAUGAUGGUUUACGACAACAAUAUGAUGAUCGUUUAUUACAUGAAUUACAAGAAUUACGUAUGCAAACUGAACAAGAAAUGCAAGCUGUGCGUAAUGAAAUAGCUAGUCAAUAUGAAAAAAAAAUAGAAGAUUUACAAACAACAAUACGUCGUAAUGCUGAUCAAUUUGGUACAUAUCGUGGUGAUUUACUAUCAUAUCGUGAACGUAUGGAAGAUGCUACGAAAACUCGUGAUGCAUUAAAUGAUAAAGUCUUAACACUUGAACAACGUUGUCGUGAUUUGGAAGAUCGUCUUCAUCGUGUACAACAACGACAAGAUGAAUUAUUAGCUGAACGUGAUCAUGAUAUUGAACGUUUAAAACAACAAAUUGAACAAAUGCAAAUGGAUUAUCAAAAUUUACUUGAUAUUAAAAUUGGUCUUGAUCGAGAAAUUUCAACAUAUAGAAAAUUACUUGAAUCCGAAGAAGAACGACUUAAUAUAUCUGGUAAUGCAUCACGUAUGGAAGGAUCAAGUAUGACGACAUCAACAACAUUUGAUAGUAGUUCAUAUCCAUCACGUAAACGUCCACGUUAUGAACUUGAUGAUCAAUCAUCAAUAAAUACACAAUUACUUGAUGGUAUUAAUAUUGUUGAUGAUGAAAGUUCACAACCAAAAUUUGUUAAAUUAAUUAAUAAUUGUAAACAAGAUGUUUCUUUUAAUGGAUGGAUACUUAAACGAAAAGUUGGUUCACAAUCAUAUGAAUUUAAAUUUCCUAAAGGAAUGGUUCUUAAAGCUGGUGCUACAACGACAAUUUGGAGUUCGGAUGUUAAUGAUAUUUCGGUUGAUCCACCAACAAAUUUAAAAUUACGUACAACAAAAUGGUUUACAACUGGUAAUGAAAGUAAAAAAACAAUUUUGGAAGAUUCCGAAGGACGCGUUAUUGCUGAGAAGAUGAUUACUGUUAAAUAA